CCGCAGCCGGUCACAAUCUCAACGCUAAAGUAAAAGUUCUCGAAAGGGUAACCGACACGUGUCCACCUCCAUCUGAUCCGCAAAACCCUCGAACAAAACUCUGCCUAAAUCCACUAACCCUACACACACUGAGUGUGCGCAACCCUUUUUCCACCCUUUUUCAGUUACUCCUCAACUCUGUUUCUUCAAUUCUCACCUCCUUCAUCCUAUUUAUAUAUAUAUAAUUAUUAUUAUACAGAUCUUUCUUAUCUGAAAAUGAAACCUAAAAUUUGUAAUCAGUGAUCGGCGCUCAGAUUCUCCGGUGAUGAAAUGCUGGAUCUCUUCCGUUCUCUAAUCUGUUUGCGCAAACGGAAGAAGAAACAAAUUAAUGAUUUUGAUUUUUGAUUUUUUUUUUUUUAGCUGAAUCCAUUUGAUUACUUCGAUGUUCGCCAGAUUUUGUGUGUGCGUCUGUGUUUUUCUUAUUCUGUAUGUAUAGAUAUAUAGAUAUAUAGAUAGAUAAAUCUGGUACUGUUUGGAGAUUUGAGUUUUUUCUAAAAAAAAGAGAGCUUCAAAACUGGCGAAAAUGAGUUUAGCAGCGGCGGAGGAAGAUUCAGCGGCUGAAAUCCAUCUCCCCGCCGACGUAGAUUGGGAGAUGCUAGACAAAUCAAAGUUCUUCUUCCUCGGCGCCGCCCUCUUCUCAGGCGUCUCCGGCGCCCUAUACCCAAUCGUCGUUCUGAAGACACGUCAGCAGGUGAUGUUGAGCAACGACACGUCCUGCCUGAAGAUGGCGUCCUCUAUUUUCCGUGCCGAGGGUUGCAGAGGAUUCUACAGAGGCUUCGGGACUUCGCUAAUGGGAACGAUUCCGGCACGUGCGCUCUACAUGGGUGCCCUAGAAGUUACCAAGAGCAACGUCGGAAAUCUCGCCACUGCUCGGUUAGGGUUUUCGGAAGCUUCCGCUUGUGCUGUUGCGAAUGCUGCAGCUGGAUUGAAUGCUGCGAUGGCUGCUCAAUUGGUGUGGACACCGAUCGACGUCGUUAGCCAGCGGCUAAUGGUUCAAGGAAGCUCCUGCACCGUUGGAUUGAAGAAGUACAAUGGUGGGAUCGAUGCUUUUCGGAAAAUUGUAAAAGCCGAUGGCUUGAAAGGGUUGUACAGGGGAUUUGGGAUUUCGAUACUGACUUACGCACCUUCCAAUGCGGUUUGGUGGGCUUCUUACUCGGUGGUGCAUAGAGUAAUUUGGGGCGGCGUUGGUUGUUAUUUCUGUAAAAAAAACGGUGGUGGUGGUGGUUAUAGGCCGGAUGGGAAGGCGGUGAUGGGGGUUCAGGCGGUGAGUGCGGUAAUGGCGAGCGGAGCUUCUGCGUUAGUGACAAUGCCGCUGGAUACGAUUAAGACGAGGCUGCAGGUUUUGGAUGGAGAGGGUGCGCGAGGUGGAUCGUUGACGGUUGUGGAGACGGUGAGGAAUUUGGUGAAGGAAGGUGGAUUGGGUGCUUGUUAUAGAGGGCUCGGUCCGAGGUGGGCUUCUAUGUCUAUGUCUGCAACUACUAUGAUUACGACUUACGAGUUUCUCAAACGGCUCUCGACUAAGAAUCGAGACAGCUUUUCUUUCUGAAGAGGGGUCAAGAAAUGGUUUUCUUUAUUUUUCAACCCCCUGUUUUUUUUGCAUAGUUUUUAUCUUUUAGUGUGGCUCCACACCAGAGUGUAUAUAUUGAUGUAAAUAUGUCUUGAAAUGGAUGUUAGCUUCUUUGAUUAUGUA